UGCUUCUAAGAAUUGCGCGCAUUCUAAGUUAUUUCUAAGAAGUCAAUAAUUUCUAUUGUUGUUAGAAUCUUUAGAAUACAACCUUUUUCGCGCACUCUUAAUUAUUUAGAAGAAGACGUUAUAUUGUACCCUUGCUAGAAUUUGCUGACAAACAACAUUUGAUAUAAUCCAACUACCUGGCAGGUAAGAAAUGCUUCCAGAAACUUGAGAGUUGCAGCUAUAUAAACGGCAGUUUUGCGAGUUUAUAUUCAUUGUAAGGCGUUCUUUUGAAGUGUGAAGUUGAUUUAUAUAUGUGAAAAUAACAAGUCAAAAAAUUUAAAAUAUUACAACAUGGAUAGCAGAAGGAACAUGGAAUAUUUGUCUUCGAAUCAAUAUAUGUGAUUAUCUGACGCUGAAAAAGAGCAGUACAUACAAAACCUGUUUGACGAAAUCUCAGACGAUGAAUUAUUUGAAUUUUCCGACCCUGAAGGGGAUGAAAGCGAACAAGUAGCAGUAGCAGAUGGCGUGGUUGAAUCGGAUGUAGAAUACCCUGAUUACACAAUUGACAAUGCCCAGGUAGAUGAGGCUGAUUACGAAGAAUCUGACAAUGAAUCCGAUGCUGCAGAUGAUUCUGAGGAGAUUAAUUUGCGUGCAGCUGAAUUCGUAGCACGUGAUGGUACCAUAUGGGGCUCACAGCCACGACUUGCACGCCAAACUAGGCAACAAAAUAUUUUGCGACAGCGAAGUGGGCCCGCAAGAUCAACUACUAUGAUGUCAAUAGUCAAUAUUAUAGUAUGCUGCACCAACAAAAAAGGAGAAGCUACAUAUGCGGAAUUAAACGCAAAACAUCCAGAGGCGGAACCAAAAACAUGGAAGAAGGUUACUUUGAGCGAAAUGUAUGCGUUCAUUGGAGUGCUUAUUAUGACUGGCGCUAACUGCAGCAAUGCCGAAUGUGCGCCGGACUUGUGGUCGGUGGAAAAUUGUCCAUUAUAUCGUGCGUCAGUGGGCAUUAACCGCUUUCAGGCCAUACUGUGGUUUAUAAGGUUUGACGAUGGCAACACACGGGCACACCGUUUGGUAACUGACAAAGCUGCACCAAUAUCCGAGCUGUGGACCAUGAUGAACUACAACUCUGAGCAGUCAUAUAAGCCAAGUGAAUAUCUAACGGUAGACGAGCAGCUCUUUCCAUAUCGUGACCGCACCCGUUUCACGCAAUACAUCCCAUCGAAACCGGCAAAAUAUGGCAUCAAAGUGUGGUGGGUAUGUGAUGCCAAAAACGCAUAUCCAUUGUAUGGACAAAUAUAUACUGGUCAAGCACCUACGGGACGGGAAACUAACCAGGGUGAACACGUGGUGAAGGAUUUAGUAAGCCGCUUUCAUGGAACCGCUCGAAAUAUAACGAUGGACAAUUUUUUUACAUCCCUAAAUCUACUGCAAAGCUUGUCAUCCAUGAAUUUGACGGCAGUUGGAACUCUGCGGAAAAAUAAGCCCUACAUACCAAAGGAGAUGUUGGCACGCAAAGAUCGUGCAGAGGCGUCAAGUACAUUCGGUUUUAGGCCCAACAUAUCCAUAUGCUCCUAUGUGCCGAAAAAACAAGGCAGUUAUAUUACUAUCAUCAAUGCAUGACGAUGAUCACAGUUUUAUAACAAGACAAAAAGAGGAGUGGACGUGAUGGACCAAUUGCUUAGAGAAUAUACUUGCCAAAGGAUGACAAAGCGUUGGCCGUUGUCCCUAUUCUUCAAUAUGAUUGAUUUGACGGCAUUGGCAGCGUACAUCAUAUAUUAUGAGAAUAAUCCCAACAUCAGGUGCACCAAUGCGAAGCGUAAGAGAUUUCUUCGCCAGCUCGCCAAGGAACUCUCUAUGCCCAUAAUUGAAGAGCGGUCGGUGAAUCAGCAAGUGAUGCGGAACUUCAACACAAAAAUUGCAGUCGCGAGUUUCAUAAGUACGGCCUUGCAAAGAAGUGCUGACAAUAGGCCAUCAACGUCUGCAGCUGCUGGUGCUAAACCAAAGAAAUAGCAGGUUGGAAGCUGUUUUCUCUGCUACAUCCAUGACCAACACAGAAGACGAACGAGUAACAUGUGCAGAAUAUGUCAGCGCCCAAUACGCAUACAGCAUUCUUCAAAUACAUUUACAUGUAAUAAUUGUGAAAAUAAUGAAGACAAUUGAAUAAUAUAAAUUUGUUUGCAUAUUUAGUUAUAAGAAAUAAUCAAUAAAACAAUAUU